CCAUGUCGCCCGCUUCAGCUGCAGCCCCGGCUCCUACGUCGAUCUCCCUGUUUGACCUCAACGCGGAUGCUCUGGUCCUUCAGGGCCUGAGCUUGGUGAGCCACGCUCCCACGGAAGCUCUGGCCCAGGCCCUGCACUGUCCAGGUAUCCGGGAAGGUUUGGGGUGGACCCACGAGGAAAGUGACGGGACUGUUUGGAGCUUGUCCUUAUAGGUAUUCCCCAGCUCAGGAGCCCACACUGACUUCUCUUUCUGCUGGAUAAAAUUGAUCUCUUCAGUUGAUCUCAGGGUAGUUUCCACCACAGGCCCGUGAAUUGUCUCCAAACAAGUCUCUUGCCUUUGCCUGUGGUUCCUCUCAUUAACACCGAUACCUUCAAAAAUUAUUUAUGUAUUUGGUUUUACACAAUUUUAGUUGGUUUCUGGUUAUGUGUUUUCUUGCACGUCUCUUUAAACUACGUGCUGUAAUUGGAAAUGUAAACUAAAAAACUGGCAUUUGGGAUGUGGUUUUUGCAGUGAAAAAGAAUUUUAACCAUACCAAAAGGUAUUUUCUGCAGGAUUCCUCUAAACUAUCUCUUUGGUUCAUUUAAAUUCAAUGUUUGAUUUGUAUUCAUUUUACAUAUAUCUUUUCAGGAGUAUAUUGUAUAAGGUGAUUGCUAUUCCACUUGUUUCACGAUUGCUGGAUUAUAAAUUCCUUGAAGAUAAGGACAUGCCAUCUCUUUCUUUUGUGUUCUCCUCUGCUUUGUACUGUGGAUUUGGACUCCUUUUCUACCUCCAGUUAUCCUCCCCAUAUUUAGGUUCAGGUGAGAGAGCGAGCCCAGAAAGAAAACUACUCAAGUGUCCUCCGGAUAUUUCAGAGAAGUUAUAUUGUUCAACCUGUGAUCGCACCUUCCAGAACCACCAAGAGCAGAGAGAACAUUAUAAGCUUGACUGGCAUCGGUUUAACUUAAAGCAACGUCUUAAGGAGAAGCCCCUCCUGUCUGCCCUGGACUUUGAAAAGCAGAGCUCCACAGGAGAUCUUUCCAGCAUCUCAGGAUCAGAAGACUCAGACUCAGCCAGUGAGGAGGACUUGCAGAUAGUGGAUGAGAAGGCUGAAUUCGAGAAGCCUAACCAACAACGAGGCUUCCACUCCCAUCAAGUUCUUUUCCAAAAUGCCCAGGGCCAGUUCCUCUCUGCCUACCGCUGUAUCCUAGGCCCUCGCCAGGUGCCCCCAGAAGAGGCAGGACUGCUGCUACAGAACCUGCAAAGUGGAGGUCCCGGAUACUGUGUGGUGCUUAUGGCUACAGCUGGGCACUUUGCUGGUGCCGUUUUCCAAGGAAGAGAAGUGGUGGCACACAAAACCUUUCACCGCUACACUGUGCGGGCCAAGCGGGGCACAGCCCAGGGGCUUCGGGAUGCCCGGGGUCGGGCUCCUCACUCUGCCGGGGCCAACUUGAGGCGCUAUAAUGAAGCUACACUAUAUAAGGAGGUUCGUGACCUGCUGGCCAGGCCAGGCUGGGCUGAGGCGCUUAGGGAGGCUGGGACCAUUCUGCUGCGUGCCCCCCGCUCUGGCCGAUCCUUGUUCUUUGGAGGCUGUGGGGCACCCCUGCAACGGGGGGAUCCCCGACUUUGGGAUAUCCCCCUCGCCACCCGUAGACCCACCUUCCGAGAGCUGCAGUGUGUGCUCCAUAAGCUGACCACUUUGCAUGUCCAUGGAGAGGACCCCCGGGAGACAGUCAGAUCAGACUCACCUCAAACACACUGGAAGACAGUGAAAGAGGAGAGGAAGGAGGCUAUUGAGGAAGAAAGAAGAAAGGUCCCCAGCAAUGAAAAUGAGGCACUUGGGAAGAAUGCAGAGUCUCCCAAACAGGGGUUGGAGGGAGAGGACACCUUCCAGGUGGAGUUGGAGCUAGUGGAGAUGACACUGGGGACUCUGGAUCUUCGUGAGUUUGAGGUAUUGCCCAAGCAGAGCAGGAAGAAAAGGAAUAAGAAGGAGAGAAGUCGGAACUUGGAGGCUGGGGCACAUAGGACUCUCCCCCAGCAACCUCAAGAAGAUGAGGCCCUCACAGAGUCAGCCCUGGCAGAUACAACCCCCUUGGGGCCUUUGCUGGAUGAGGCCAAGGCCCCUGGUCAUCCAGAGCUCUGGGAUGUGCUUCUAGCUGCUUGCCGAGCUGGAAAUACUGGGAUGCUGAAGCUCCAGCUAGCUGCCAGCCUCACAGACCCUGGAGUUACGUCUCUGCUCAGUGCCCCCUUGGGCUCUGGUGGCUUUACACUCCUACAUGCAGCAGCCGCAGCUGGGAGAGGUUCAGUGGUUCGCCUGCUGUUGGAGGCAGGUGCCGACCCCACUGUGCAGGACUCCCGGGCCCAGCCACCAUAUACGGUUGCAGCUGACAAAUCAACACGUAAUGAGUUCCGAAGGUUCAUGGAGAAGAAUCCCGACGCCUAUGAUUACAACAAGGCUCAGGUGCCAGGGCCACUGACACCAGAGAUGGAGGCACGGCAGGCCACACGGAAGAGGCAGCAGAAGGCAGCCCAUCGGCUCCGGGAGGAACAGCAGCGGAAGCAACGGGAACAGGAGAAGCAGGAGCAAGAACAGCAGCAGAGAUUUGCUGCCCUUAGCGACCGAGAGAAGAGAGCUCUUGCUGCAGAGCGCCGACUAGCUGCCCAGUUGGGAGCCCCUACCUCUCAGAUCCCUGACCCUGUGAUCAUCAAUGUCCGCGUAUCCCUGGACCCCCUGCAAAUGUGAGCAGACAGGUGGAAAAAGAUAGCUAUGGGAACUUAAAGCUAAAGCAUGCUGCGGAGGGAAGUCAGCCUGGAAUCAGGCUCUCACCCCAUUCACCAUCACGUAGGCACGGUCGUGGAGUCCAUUGUUUGGCACCCAGAACGAUGUUGGCUCUGUGAAGGUAUUGACCAGAUGGGUCCGGUACAACAUAAAGCCAUGGUCCUGGGUAUGGAAAAACAAGUACUUAAGAUGAACUGAGAGAUAAGAAAAGAUAUUGUGGGGAAGAAGGGUAGCUGGAGGGAACCUUUGGCUAUGGCUGUUGGGGAAGGUUUCCAAACCUAUCAGGUGUGAGUUUAUGCCUUACCUGCUUGACAGCCUCAAAGGUCAUUGGCAAGAUUGAACGGAUGGGCCCUUGGGGGCACAGGAAGUCUAGGAAUGCCAGCAAACUCCCAUCCUAUUAGAAUAUAGGGAAAGGGUCAGAAUAGGAGGGAAGUAUCAGGAUAGAGGGACAGGACAGGAUGAAAUGUUAAGAGAAUAAAGGAGAAAUA